AUGAGACACAGUGGCGCCCUUACCCAACUGGUCAGUGCUGCUGUAAACAAAUGGGAGUCUCGGCCACGUCACUGCAAGGACUUACUGGACUCCGGGGACAGCGGGAGCGGCCUGCGCCAGGUAUAUCCUUACCCUGGGCGACCCCACCACCGCGUGCCCGUGUUUUGUGACCACACCGUCGACGGCGGGGGAUGGACCGUCUUCCAGCGGCGCACCAGUGAUGCCGUCCGCCAAGAUUUCUACUGCACUUGGGUCGAGUAUCAGUUGGGCUUUGGUGACCUGGAGGGUGAAUUCUGGCUGGGCCUUGACCUUCUGCACCAGCUGACCUCCACCACCCUGCAGCAGCUACGAAUUGACCUGGACGAUUACGAGGGAGAACAUCGGUGGGCUAAGUAUGGAUUCUUCCACGUGGGCGCACCAGAGACCAAGUUCCGCCUCAGUGUUGGAAGGUACAGCGGCGACGCAGGGGACAGUCUGUUAGAACAUAACGGCGCCCUAUUCAGCACUCAUGAUGCUGACAACGACAAGGCAAAGCACAACUGCGCCCAAAGAUACCAGGGAGCUUUUUGGUAUGCUGCUUGCCACAAAGCAAACCUGAACGGCUACCAGUAUAUGGGCAACCACACCUCUCCCGCCGAUGGCAUCAACUGGUAUGACUGGAAAGGAUACCACUACUCCUUGAAGCGAACGUCCAUGAUGAUCCGCCGCGCCUUCUGACCUCCUCUCUUGUUGGCAGUGGCCGGCACAAUGGGAGGCGUGCAGGAGGAGGAGGCAGUAGGCACCUGCUGAAACAAUAAUUACUCCCAGUGAGGUCUAAAGCACUGGAUCAGUGGGCGCUGUGAACUUAUCAUUAAACCCAGCUGUGACCUCACCUUUGUGUCUCACAACACAAGGGGCAGUCACAGCCUGCCCUCUAAAGACAACUCUCUUGCUUUACACAAAACUACAAGCACCUAAUUAGACACACAUCCUUCACUCAAAAUUUGAAAUUAUCGUGGUGACUCCUACACCAGCCUCGGAGUCCCCAUCUGGGGAGGGGACCACAAAUGUCGCCAUGUCUGACUGCUCUUCUGGUAUCGACCCUAAGUGUAUUGACAUCACCCCCUCAACUUUUCUUCAUUAAUAUCUGCAACAUUCGCGGUCUUAGAUCCAAUUUUCAAUCCGUGAACACCACCUCUCCUCUACAAAACCUGAUCUUUUCCUCACUGAAAGACAGGUGUCUGAGGCAACUGACAGUAUCCCCUUUUCUGUUCCCUCCUACUUUCUCUAUCCUGAUUUUCAAUCCAAAGCUGGAUGUUGCGUUUAUGUGCGCAACAAUUUAACCUGCUCUCGUGCCCACGCUCUUGAAUCUUCUGAGUUUUCCACCAUCUGGCUACGACUACAGAGUCACUCUCAAACUAAAUUUAUCUGGGCUGUAUACCUCUCUCCUAACUCCUCUGACUAUAAGAAAUUCUUUGACUACUUAACUUUCAAAGUGGAGCACAUUCUGACUCUCUUCCCUUUUGCGGAGAUCUCCAUUCUUGGAGACUUCAAUGUUCACCACCAGCUUUGGCUUUCCUCUCUUUUCACUGACUAUCCAGGUGAACUAGCCUUCAACUUUGCUAUCCUCCACGACCUAGAGCAAUUGGUACAACAUUCUUGACGUUUUCCUAACAUUUAACCCUGCUUAUGAUGUAACCCUCUCAUCCCCGUUGGGCUCCUCCGAUCACAAUCUCACAUCCGUAUCUUGUCCUAUCAUUCCAAUCCCUCCUCAGGAUCCCCCAAAACAGAGAUGCCUCUGGCGUUUUGCCUCUGCCCGUUGGGGGGGGCCUGAGGAGGUAUUUUGCUGAUUUUCCUUGGAAUGACUACUGCUUCCGUGUCAGAGACCCGCCUUUGUGUGCCGAGAGCAUAACAGGGGUGAUAGUGUCUGGCAUGGAGGCGUACAUUCCUCACUCUUUUUCUCGUCCUAAACCUUCUAAACCUUGGUUUAGCACAGCCUGUUCUCGUCCUAUACAUGAUAGAGAGGUGGCCCACAAAAUGUACUUAAGCCUUCCAUCACCAGAAUCUCAUGCACUUUAUAUUUCUGCCUGGAACCAUGCCAAAUCUGUUCUCCAGCUAGCCAAAAACUCCUUCAUUAAAAGAAAGUGUCAAAAUCUUUCAAGAUCUAACUCUCUUCGUGACUUCUUGCAUCUAAUCAAAAAUAUCUCUAAUAACUUUGCUUCUUCUUUCCCUCCUUUAUUUCAACCAGAUGGCACCACUGUUAUCACAUCUAUCUCUAAAGCUGAACUCUUCACUCAGACCUUCCCUAAAAACUCUACCUUGGACGAUUCAAGGCUUGUUCCUCCCUCUCCUCCACCCUCUAACUGCUUCAUGGUACCUAUUAAAAUUCUUCACAAUGAUGUUUUCCAUGCCCUCGCUGGCCUAAAUCCUCGGAAGGCUUAUGGAACUGAUGGGGUCCCUCCUAUUGUUCUCCGAAACUGUGCUUCCGUGCUUGUACCUUGCCUAGUCAAACUCUUUUAACUCUGUCAACAUCUACCUUUCCUUCUUGUUGGAAGUUUGCCUACAUUCAGCCUGUUCCUAGAAAGGAUGACUGUUCUAAUCCUUCAAACUGCCGUCCUGUUUUUAUUUAUUUAUUUAUUUUUUUCUGCCUAUCUAAAGUUUUUGAGCCUAUCCUCAAAAGGAAGAUUCUUAAACAUCUAUCACUUCACAACCUUCUAUCUGAUCUCCAGUAUGGUUCUGUCAAGGCCGCUGUACAGGUGAUCUUCUGGCUUUCCUUAGUGAGUCUUGGUCAUCUUCUUUUAGAGAUUUUGGUGAAAGUUUUGCUGCUGCCUUAGACAUAUGAAAAGCUUUUGAUAGAGUCUGGCACAAAGCUUUGAUUUCAAAACUACUCUCCUACGGCUUCUAUCCUUCUCUCUGUAACUUCAUCUCAAGUUUCUUUUUUGACCGUCCUAUUGCUGCUGAGAUAGAUGGCCACUGUUCUUCUAUAUCUAUAAACAGUGGUGUUCCUCAGGGUUCUGUCCUGUAACCCACUUUCAAUUAUUCAUCAAUGAUCUUCUAAACCAAACUUCUUGUCCCAUCUACUCCUACGUUGAUGAUACCAUCCUGCACUUUUCCACGUCUUCAUAGACAUCCAACCUUUCAGGAAGUGAACAGUUUACACAGGAAAGCCACAGAACGCCUGACUAAAAUUUCUAAAAUUUCUGAUCCAGUUAGAGCAAGCUUGGUAUUGUUCAAUGCCUCAAAACCUCGAUUCCUCCAUCUAUCAACUCGACACAACCUUCCAGACAACUAUCCCCUCUUUUUCAGUGACACUCAACUGUCCCCUUCUUCUGCACUGAACAUCCUCGGUCUGUUCUUUUCUUAUAAUCUGAACUGGAAAGUUCACAUCUCAUCUCUAGCUAGAACAGCUUCAAUGAAGUUUUCUCACUCCCCCGGCUGCUAACUCUGUACAAGGACUUUAUCCGUCCAUGUAUGGAGUAUGCUUCACAUAUCUGGGAGAGGGAAGGUUCCACUCAUACAGCUCUUUUAGGCAGGAUGGAAUCAAAAGAUUUUUGUCUUAUCAACUGCUCUUUUCUAACUGACUGUCUUCAGCCUCUUUCUCAUUGCCACAAUGUUGCAUUUCUACCUAUCUUCUACUACUAUUUUCAUGCUAACUGCAUGCCUCCCCUUCUCCUGCGGCCUCGCUGCACAGGACUUUCUUCUUUCUCUCACCCCUAUACUGUCCACUUUCUAAUGCAAGAGUUAACCAGCAUUCUUAAUCAUUCAUCCCUUUCUCUGGUAAAUUCUGGAACUCCCUGCCUGCUUCUGUAUUUCCACCUUCCUAUGACUUGAAGUCCUUCAAGAGGGAGGUUUCAAGACACUCAUCCUUCAAUUUUUGGCUAGCGCUUUGGACAUUAUUCGGGGACUGGCAUCUUAGUGGGCUUUUUUUUUUUUUCUAAUUUGAAUUUUUGUUGCCCGUGGCUGGUGUCCCUCAUACAUAAAAAAAACAAAAAAACAAAACAAGCACACAACACUGUGCAGAGGACGCGGUUCCAGACCAUCACCACCUCUCCAAGCUCCUUCUCUGACGCUACCCUCAGCCUGAGCGGCUCUCUCUCCUGCAAACCACCGAAGUGGCAGGCCUCUCACAGCCCGAGUCACUCCGCUGCUUGCCUCCUCACAAAGUCACGAGACGUUGCAUCCCUGCACCGGCUUCUGCAUGGUACCAGUUACAUGAUGCUGUUAUGCAUUUUAUUACAAUAUCUUGUGAGUUAAAUACACUGGCAGGUAGGCCCUCCCCUCCGCUCUCUCUCUCUCUCUCUCUCUCUCUCUCUCUCUCUCUCUCUCUCUCUCUCU